CAACUUCUUAAAGGAAUCAUUCAUAAAAUGUUUUUACUGUACUAUUUUCAAUUCUAUGGUUGUACUUUGUGGGAAAAAUGUUUGACAGCCAUUACAGUAGCGCGCUUCUCGUGGUUGCAAUUCCAUUUAUCGUCACUUGGUUGCAGUAGAGUGUGAUAGAGUUGUCUAACUCCUGCCAACGUCACUGAAAGAAGAAGAAACGAUCAAGACGAAGCGGGAAAAGUCAAAACAAGGAUGGAUGGCAGAGAAGAUACUUGCGAGGAGACCGGCAUUCUGCCCGCGUCGUCUUUAGAACUAUACGAGUCGCAGUUUUUCGGCUUCACGCCGCAAACUUUCAUGUUCCGUCUCUCCAGCGCCUUCUUGGAAUGUCUUUGCGACAUUUUAAACGUGGUGGAGAAAGUAUGUGUGCGACAACUGAGUAAAGGCGAGUUGGACGCGACGACCGAGGAGAAGAUCCGCGUCCAGGCUAGAGAGUGUAGCCGCAAACUGCAAGCGUUUGUGGGAGAGAGCUUCCAGCAGCUGUCGGAGCGGAUGGAGGAGCAGCUGGUCACCCGCUGUUUCUCCGUCCCGCCCAACGUCCUACUGAAGGAGGACGAGUGUCACAGGAAACAUCCUCCGGACACACAGGAGAUGCUCAGACUGGAGUCGUCCUUGACGGAGGUCCGCAGAGCUUAUGAGGCCGAGGUGUGUGCUCGAAAUGCACUGCAGGCUGAACUCGAGGAGCAAGCGGAGGUACAGAAGCAGCUGGAUGGCUUCUUGGCUUGGCUCAGGGAAGGAAAGGGCAGUUUCCAGGAAAGUUUCCAACCGGUGGCGACAUCCAUAAAGACAUUGCAAAAGGUCAUUGUGGACGUGUGCAACAAGGCGCCGAAUCAUCGCUCAACUUAACUUACUAUGCGCUUUAAUUUGAUUGUUACCCCAAGAUAUCUGCACUCCUUUAAGUGAACUUAGGAGAGAGCUGCUGCAAAUAUUCACCCUUGUCUAAAAAAUGUUUGUAUAUUUUAAAUGACUACCGUAAUUACUGUCUGCUGAACAAUUAACAUUAAAAAAGAAA